CCACUCAGCACGCUGCAUACAGCAUGGCCAGAACCAACCAGCAAUUUCGGGGACUUUGCUUUCUUCAUCGACAGUAUGGCGAUGCCGUACGGAAACAUGAACCCAGCGCUAUCGAUAGAGCAACCUAUCUUGCCCUUCUCAUCAACUUCGCUCUUCUCCGAUGUCCCCCAGACUCAAUCGUCGCAGCCGAACGCCGAUAUGCCCCAGCCUGUGGGGGCCGAUCCACCAGCGCCGCGUUUGUUUGAUGACUUCACCUCCACGCUCCCCUCCUUCGACCCUCCUCCUAAGUCCAGUGCGGAGCCAUGGAAAGUCACUCAGGAAGUCUGGGAUCAUUUUCUCACGCAGAUCCAGAGCUUUGCGGCGCUACUUCCUCCGCAAUUCUUUCUUCCAUCCCGCCACACGAUGACUCGCUAUAUCACCACUUACUUCACCGGCUUUCACCGACACCUACCCUUUCUCCAUAUCCCGUCGUUCUCGCCCAUCAAGUGUCCAGUGGAGCUGGUGUUAGCCAUGGCGACUAUUGGCGCGCAGUCAGCCUUCGAUCACGCCAACGCCAUCAUGUUUUAUCGGACCUCCCUGGCUAUCGUCCAGGAGCGGCUGCACCGUAGAAAGACCCAGCGACGGGAUCAGUGUUUUCCUGCGCCAGCAAGUCAUCCUACUGAGCCACAAACGAGUCCAUUCGACCCGCUACCCCCUGCACAAACGCUACUCAUACUCAUGGCGAUGGCAACCUGGGGCAACUCUCACGCCAUCUUCAACGAAGCUGUCGGAUUGCAAAACACUCUCGCCAACUACAUCCGCGAUGAAAAGCUAUUGGCGCCCCCGCCUCCACAAGACCCAUCGUGGGCUUCCUGGGUCCAAGCCGAAGGCAUGAAUCGCACCAUCACCAUAAUCUUCUGCUUCUUUGUCUUCCACACCAUUGUGUAUGACACCCCGCCCGCGAUCCUGAACUGCGAACUCCAAACCCGUCUCCCCUGCCGUGAGUCUGCGUGGGAAGCCCCAACCCAGGCAGACUGGAUCGAAGCCCGCAAGAGCCUAUCUGCAGAGCCCACCUUCCAAUCCGCAUUCUCCCGCCUCUUCACCGAGCAGCAGCCCACCUCCAGCUUAACGCCUUACUACUCGCUCGGCGGAUACACACUAAUCCUCGCCAUAAUCCAACACAUCUACUUCCUUCGCGCCACCAAUCACCACCGGCAGCAGAGCGAAGGCUGCCUCAGCCCCAGCAGGACAACAACGAUACCCCCGCCAGGCAUCGCGGCCGUCGAGCAGGCCCUCAAAAACUGGCAGCUGGGCUGGUCCCGCGACCCGGAAUCGUUCCUGGGGCCCGGCGGGCCCAGCGGGCCGAUCUCCUUCAACGCGACCGCGCUCCUCCGCAUGGCGUACAUCCGGUUAAGCAUCGACGUGGGGCCGUGGCGCGCCCUUACCGCCCACGAUCCUCGUGAGAUUGCGGCGUCGAUGUACGCCUACUACCGCGGGCACUACCACCGCGCCGUCCACCACCGGCUCACCCGCACGGUCCUCUACUCCGCCCACGCCCUCAGCAUUCCCGUCAAGAUCGGCGUGAACAUCGUGGCGCGGAACCAGGCGUUCGCGUGGUCGCUCCAGCAUGCGCUCUGCGCGCUCGAGUGCGCUUUUGUCACCAGUCAGUGGUUGAUGGCGAUGGAGACGCGGCGGCGGCGGCGACGGGAUUCCAACCCGACGCUCAAUUUGGCCGAUGAGGAGCGUGAUGAGCAGGUUCCGAGAGAUCGAGGCAAUAAUAAUCAUCAGGAGAGGGAGGAGGAGGAGCGGUUACUGGCGUACAUCAAGGACAUGGUGGCGGAAGCGGAUCCCACCGGCGAAAUGGCGGCGAGUGGGGGUCGCAGCAGUUCCCCGCAGGUGGAUCUCUGCAUUCACGUCCUCAAAAUCUGGCACAAGCUGUUGAGUGGAGACGCGGUGUGGGAUGUAGUCCGCUUGAUUGGACGAGUGUUGGAAGCCUAUUGGAGGAUUCUGGAGGGAGAG